CUGAGAGAAAGGACAGAGCGUCGCCCUCCCGACGCGCGGGCCGCUUAACUACGCAGCGUCGGCAUGAAGACUGCAAGUCCCAGCAUGCAACACAGCAUUCUGCCUGGUUCCCCGCUUGGAUCAAGAGGGAGCGUUGCCUCCUGGGCAAUGCAGUCUCCGUGGGCCACUCCGCUCGAGGAGAAGCAGUGCAUGCUGGGAAUUAAAUUGUUUUUAACAGGCCAAUCAAAUGGAAAGGAAGCACAGGCUGCUAGGAAGUGUAGUCUCAUGGGCUAUUCAACUAGAGAUGGGAGCAGUGGCUGCUGGGACCUGUAGUUCCUGCGGGUUGUACGUACCCCUGCAGGUAGGGCGCUAAGGACGUGGGCUGCUGCUUGCUGCUCCACGGUGUAUGACAGUGUGUUUGAAGACCAUACGUAGAAUUACUCAGUGUGGACCAAAGAACAACGUAUAAUAGCCUAGUAAUACAGCACCAUUUUCAGCCAAUCGAAUCCAAUGGAUCUAACAAACUUUAUAAUUGUAUGUGAAUCGCUUCAUCCACCACUGACAUGCAGCCAUCUCUGGAGUGAAAUAGGCACCUCUCUGACAAUGCUACUCAGCAGUGUAGGAUCCCACUCCUAAAUUGGUAUCAGAUAGCCCAGAUAUCUGGAUCACGUGAACUCUUGAAUUGUGAACAGGAGCAGGAGUCUCUGUUUUCUAAUAGAGUUUGAUGCAGGAUCGUGGCCAAGCAGACUUGUGGACUUCCACUUUAAGUAGCAUAGGGAAUCCUAGGGAGGUAGAAUUGAAAACACCCGCACACACACACCCUCUCUCUCUCUCCUCACUUGUGGUCCAAGAAUAAGAAUGAGAAGUUUCCACUUUAAAGGAAAAUGUUAUAAAAAGUUAUGAGCAAGUGAAAACAUGAAUUUUGAACCUGAUCAUCCUUCAAUUGCAAUCAAUUGCAAAACUCCCAUUGACUUGCACAGGAUCCAGGGUUCUAGAACUAAAUUUUGCCCUUUGUUGCACUAAUGCAUCUUAGGGCAAAGCUUGCUUCUUACAGUGUAAAUUCUUUGAAAUCCACUUAGGUCAUUAUAUCAUUACUCCGGCUGGCAAAACAGAAAGUCUUGUCUUUAGCUCUGACUUGGAAUCCUAUCCUGCUUCCCUCUAAGUCAACAGCAAAACUCCAAAAUCCUCAGUAGGAAUAUGACUGAGACCCUAAAGAUUAUUUCUAAGGCUCUGAUCAUGUAACAUUUUUCAUGGAGGAUGACCCUUAUAACCACACAUAGCCCCACUGACUUCUCUUGGGCUCCAUAUGGGCCCCAGGAUGUAUCCAUGUGGAACAAAUUGCAGAAUCCGGGCCUAAUUUUUUUUAGUGCUAAGUAUGUUUAGUAAUAGCCAAGCUUUAUAUGGAUUUUCUCAAGAACUUUAAAAAAAAAAUUCAGCAAAACUCUCCAGGUCACCUGUUAUUUAAAAAUAAUAAAUGUAGUGGUGCCUCAAUUAGCCAAAUGUCAAAAUGAGUGAAUUUGGAUAACAGAAGUUUCUAAUAGCUGUGGAAAUUUUCAGAGUAAAUAUAAAUAGACCUCAGUGGAUAUGACCCUGUUUUAGACAGCUGAGAGUUUUGGAUAACUGAGGAGCAAAUGACAGCUUUUCAGAAUUGUCAUGAACAUACAUCAUCCCACAAACAAAAUAUACUUGUGUCCUUCUCAAUAAUAAAUCUGAAAACAAUUAUAUUCUAAUAUUCUUUUUUUACAGAUUACCCCGAGUGAAUAGGCUAGUAGAAUUUUGUAAAACUGGGGCAUACAUGUAUAUACAUAGUUGUGAGACAUUACAAUAAUGAUUUAAUGCCAGAUUCUUCCCUUCAAUAAGCAUACACUACUCCUAUUGGCUUCACUAAGAAUUAUGUAUGCUUCUAUGCAGGCAGAAUUUGACCCUUCAUUUUUUGUUUUAAAUAAAAAAAAUAAAGUUAAAUGCUGCAAAGGUCAAGAUCUAUUGAAAUCUGUGUCUGGGAUAAAAUCUAACUUCUCAGAUCUUAAAGCACAUUUCUGGAAGUUCUAUCGCACUUUCAAAUUAAGGUCAUUUGAGAAAGCCACUGUGAAAUAACUAUUACUCCAUGUCACGGAGUUAUAUAAAGUCAAGCUUUUAAAAUGUAUGUAUUCCAGUGCAGAAUAUAUUGUUAGGUAACAGUGAAAGUCUGAGCAGGUGGCAUUCCUGAGUUCUAAGCCCCCCUCAGAUAUUACCCUGUAUGGUUGGUGGGAGGGGGAGGGGAAUAGAUGUGCUUUAGUUUCCCCAUUUUUAAAAAAAGUAUAAAUUGAGGUGGAGGAGAAGGGAGAGAGAGAAGACAUCCUCUCCUGGCAAAGGUGUUGGUGCUUAAGUACUUGGUGCCCAAUUGAUUAUUCUCCUCCACUUCCCAGUUCUUAAUUCAGCCCUAUGUUAAAGUCAGUGGGAGCUUUGAGUGCACAAGGAAUGAAGGAUCAGGCCCUUCUGAUUUGUAGGCCUUGAUCUCAGCUGCUCUGUGUUGAUGAAUCUUUGGGCAGCUCACUGUAGGAUCUCGUUAUAAGAUAUUUACACUUACUGGCUGAAUAUGAGCUCAGUAACAAUUUAUUAAUGGUUUAUUUUUUGCAUUGGCUUGUUAUUUUUUUAUAUUUACAUUUGUCUUAAAAAGUUACUAGAUUAUCUCACGUGGAGAUUGUUUUUAAUGGAAAAAAAAACCUAACCCUGUCUAUAUAGUAAAUGAAUCCCAUGCUGUGGAGAGAUAGCACAGUGCAAAGGAAAGGCCAGAGAGGGGAGCUGCUGCGCAGCUUUCACCAGGGAAAGCUCCUGGUUGUCCUUGAUUAGUAGCCACAUUGUCUUUUGUUUGUUUUUCUCCUGACUGGUGAGCGGAAAACUCCUUUUCUUCUCGGCCUCAGUGCAAUGAUCCUCUCCCAGCUAGAUCAGCACUGGCUUCCCUCAGAUGGACUUGCCGCAUGGUUUCUUGUAGCUGGGUUUGUACUGUGUAUGUUGUGAUUUAUUAGUGCAGUUUUCUCCUCAUGUAGACAGUAUGUUGUACAAACUGUUUGACUGCUCCUCUUAACAGCUUUUCUAUUACUUUCAAAUUGCUAGAAAUCCUCUUUAAGGGCUCUACGAGCAAUUACAAAUUGUCUUUUAGAGCAGUAUUAGUAGGUUGUAAUAUAAAUGUCCCUAGACAUGAUGACAGAUUUGGAGGCACCCAAAAAUGUGGUUAAUCCUCAGUUUUUUCUAUCCGCAGUCGUGUGGCUCUCACCCUGAUUCUAAUAGUUGGGUUUAAAUGGAGAAUAUCAGCUGCUUUGGAUUGGUGUUUACAUUGUGGUUCUUUAACAUCAUUUGUCUAUCCCCCUCCCCACACCAUGGUUUUAAGGCCUUUUCUUUUGACAUCUCAAGUAGAGCUAUACGGGAAAGUUUUCUGACUAGGCCUGCAUGGGAGGGACUUCAAGAUACAAAUUUCUUGUUUAGUAGCAACCAUUUUUCAUUUAUUUUUCAGAUGGUGUUUUGAUUUAGUAUGACUUCAUUUAUUUUGACUGUUCCUACAGAAAUCAUAAGUUGCGUAAUACCAAGUGACUACCAUAGAAUGGGCUGGAUUCAUCAAAGACCAGAGGCUGAGCCUUGAAAACAUGACUCUUGUGGCUCUUCGUGUAGUCCUGAGUACUCUGUAUUUAUGCUGCCACAGAAAGAACUGGUUACACUCAGAGGAGAAACACGUCAGCUGCAGGGAAGCAUGUACUAAGGACUGAAAUGAAUUUGCAGCCAAAGGAUCCACAUCAUGAAUAGAUACACUACUAUCAAACAGCUUGGCGAUGGGACAUAUGGCUCCGUCCUCCUAGGGAGAAGCAUUGAUUCUGGAGAGCUAAUUGCCAUUAAAAAGAUGAAGAGAAAGUUCUACUCUUGGGAGGAAUGCAUGAAUCUUCGAGAGGUUAAGUCUUUGAAGAAAUUAAACCAUGCCAAUAUAGUAAAACUGAAAGAAGUUAUCAGGGAAAAUGAUCAUCUUUAUUUUGUGUUUGAAUACAUGAAGGAAAAUCUUUACCAAUUGAUGAAAGAAAGAAACAAACUGUUUCCUGAAUCUACAAUUAGGAAUAUUAUGUAUCAGAUCCUGCAAGGGCUUGCAUUUAUCCAUAAACAUGGGUUCUUUCACAGAGACUUGAAACCUGAAAACCUCCUUUGCAUGGGACCAGAACUUGUGAAAAUAGCGGACUUUGGCUUAGCCCGAGAAAUCCGAUCUAGGCCUCCUUAUACAGACUAUGUAUCUACAAGAUGGUAUAGGGCUCCUGAAGUUCUUCUGAGGUCCACCAGUUAUAGCUCUCCCAUUGACAUCUGGGCUGUCGGCUGUAUAAUGGCAGAGGUUUACACAUUAAGGCCUCUCUUCCCUGGUGCCAGUGAAAUCGAUACUAUAUUCAAGAUUUGCCAAGUACUGGGGACACCGAAAAAGAAUGACUGGCCUGAAGGCUACCAACUUGCAGGUACCAUGAAUUUUCGCUGGCCCCAGUGUGUACCUAACAACUUAAAGACCCUAAUUCCAAAUGCUGGCAGUGAGGCUGUUCAGCUCAUGCGAGACAUGCUACAAUGGGACCCCAAAAAGCGACCAACAGCUAGUCAGGCACUUCGAUAUCCCUACUUCCAGGUUGGGCACACACUGGGCACCUCUCUCUGCAUUCAGGAACUGGGCAAGCAGCCGAAAGAACUCCAUGAUAAAGCUGCACUGCACCAUGUUAAACCGGUCCCUCCUGCACAACCCCCUCCAAAACCCCAUGCCCAUCUCUCAUCUAGACCAUUCCAGCAAAGCCAGUCUUCCCAGUACCUCAUGUACCCGUAUAAAGCAGACUCCUUGGUGACUGACCACGGGAUCCAGUUAAGAGAGGAUGAACCCACUCAGGUGCUUCUGCCAGCACUUUGUAGUCAAGUUCCUCAGCAGAAAAUAUCAGUUGGGACAGAGAACACGAAUGGUGAACUUAAACCAAAGACUAGGCGAAGAUGGGGACACAUUAUUAGAACAAUGAAAGGUUCUGAAGAGUGGGAUGACUUGGAAGACUUUGAUUUUAGCUCUUCCCUCACCAGAAGUGAUCUGAAAAACAAGAGGCGACAGAGCGAUGAAGCUCUUUGUAGGUUUGAAAGCAUUUUGGAUCUGAAGCUUUCAGACAAUCUAGGUUCUGGCAACAGUGCCCCUUCCCAUGCAUCCUUUCCACGUCAGGACACACCCACCUUGCGAGUUUCUGCAGCCAAGCAGCAUUACUUGAAACAUUCUAGGUAUUUACCUGGGAUAAGCACAAGGAAAAGCAUAGUCUCCAGUUCAAGCAAGGAUUCUAUUACGUCUAAUCCAUGGCCCACUUCUAGUUUGCCUGGAAAAGCUUCAGGUGUGGGAGGCGGGGUCAAUGGAAUGAAUUCAGGGCACUCAGGAUCGAGCAGGUUGACCAGUGAUUAUAUCCCUUCAUUUCUGAAAAAGGAACUAGGCUCUGCUGGGCAGAGGGUUCAGUUAGCACCAAUUGCAGAUCCAUCUUCUAAUUACGCUUCUCUGAAGUCUGUCAGACCUCAUAUUGGGCGGCCAUCAUUUAAUACACCUUCAAAAAGCACACCAGCAUUAAUGCCACGUCCACCGCCAAUUCAGCCCAUCCAUGGACGCACUGACUGGUCUUCGAAGUACGGAGCUCACCGGUGACUUGCAGAAAGCACUUUCUGUUGAAUCAGUGCACAUUUCUCAUGAAAUGGUGACCAAUGUUAGACCAUUUGCCAUGACUUUAUAAGCCUGUGAUUUAAAAAAUACCCUAUCUUCUUUGAGCAAGACAUUUCAAGACUUUUUUAGUUUUAUUUGUAUUGAUUUGAAUGCAAUCUUAUACCUUUUUGUAUAAAAUUGUUUUGUUAUAUGAUCAGGUCCAAUUAUUUUUCUUAAAACCAAUACACUUUGUAUAUAUGGCUUGAAGUUUUUGGCAUUUUAUACGAUAAACUUUGUAAUGAACUUGAUACAAAAUUAAUAUUUCCUUUGUCAGGUUCAAAUAUUUUAUAUAAGUAAAUAAAAUGUAGCAGACUGAGGCAGUAUUGCAAAAGAGAUGCAAUUGUAAGAAAGAGGCAUUCACCAAAUAUUGUUUUGUGAUUGUUAUGCUCUGAAUGGGAUAUAUUGAGGCAAGGCGGUCAAUCAAACUGAAUAACCCAGCCUUAUUUUAGUGCCAUGCUGCACCAGCUGGAUGCGAUUGUCAGUCUUUCACCUGCUUGGGGCUGACUUAACAUGAAAGACUAAGGACCUGAACUUGCUCACCUUGAGGUCAAUGGCAGGUGGAUUGGGCCCUAAAUCAAUCACAGGCUUAAUCAAGGGUGUUUUUUAGCUUUGGCUGGUGUUUGUAAAUUUGUCUUCACACUGUUUGUGCUGCCUGUCAGUUUUUCAGUCCUGGGGUUGAUCCUGCAAUCCCAAGGCCAAAUCCCCACUAACCACACUGUGAGUUUGGCCUGAAUGAGACCAGCAGGAUCAGGCUGCUAGUUUGACUACAUUCUGCCUGUUUGUAAUGCUAUCUCCGUUCAAUAAGUAUUCUGUGGGUUUUCCUCGUCUGUCCUUAACUGUUGUUGUCUUUCAGAGUGAAAAUAAAACAUGCUGCAUAGGGGGCUGCUCCUAUUAGUCAGUUAUAACUUUCCUAAAGACUUCCAUGAAGCAAAGUCAGGCCCUGUUUUCAUAGGGCAAGUAGGAGCUGGAGAAAUAUUUGAGGCAAUAUUGAAUAUGACAAAGCUGGUUCACAGGCACAGUAACACAGUAUUAAUGAUGCACCAGCAGCGAAGUUUAAGAAACUAUAUAUGCAGCUGAUUUAAUUUCAGUUGCUUUGUUUUCCAGCCUGAUUCCCUUAAUAUAUCCAGAUUCAGUUUUCAUAAAUAAGUAAACUUCAAUUAACAGUUACAGUGCUGAUUUAGCUCACUUUCCCAUAUUGUUAAAUAUAGAUCGGUUUCCAUAAACGAGGUCUUAUUGGUUAUUUUGUUAUAGUAAGCAUUUAGGAUCAAAUUCUGGUCCCAGUGAUGUCCAUGGUGAAAUCUCAGUUGAUUUCAUUGAGACCGGGAUUUGACUUGUGGAGGAGGGAAAAAGUAACAUGGUAGAGAAGUUACAAGGGUUACUGACAGAGGAAAGCAGCCAAAUAGCACAGAUACAAAACUGAGUGGGGAUUGUUCUCUCCAUUCUAAAUGCUUAGCUUAUCAAAGUGCACUGGAAAAGGCCACCUCCAUUUCCUAGCAAAAAUGUGCACAAGAAAAAAAUUCAUCUGUGUAUUUCACCACACAGAAAACCCUUCCUGAUCUCUCUUUAGGCUUAGGAAUGGCCUCGUAUUCAUAUGGAGCCUGACAAUCUACAGGUAGGCCUGGGACCAACCCCAGCAUAUCCAUGCAGAGUGCCUCUUUCUUUGCACUCUUUCCAAGACCCUUUUCCCUUGAGCUAUCCUAGGAGCUGCAUUGCUCAUGGGAUUCCCCAGUCUAACUACACGCUGCCUCCUCUUCCAAAGGGCAGCAGCUGGAUUGGAAGGUAAUUCUGUGGACUAAUUUCUGCUAGACUUCCCUACAAAAACCACUUAAUUUUGGGUGAAGAGUAUACCCUAGAGCAAUUUCUCUGCCAGUCCCCUUUUGAAGUCAGAGCAUCAAAUAUGAUUUACUCAUGUGUAGAGAGAGAGAGCAGCAGCUGCUGACUCAGCUGUCGGAGAGAGCAUGAUGGAUAGAGUCCAGUGCCUUUGUUUUGUGCACUGUGACCAGGUAGGCAGCAUAUGCUGCUCUCCACAUGAUGCAGUGAAGGAGCAAAAUGAUCUGCAUUAUUUAAAAAUUAAUAUGUACGUAGGACCUUCACAGAACCGCAUCAUGGCUCUCUAACCUUCACCACCCAGGCUUUGUUACCAGUUAACUAACAAACACUCAUUUCAAACCUAUAGGUACUUGCUAACAGAGCUGUGAUGUUGGUAUACACACAAGGAAGUAAAAGAGCCAUUUUGAAUUAUGCAGCACUAGAUGCAUGUACUUGUGAGAAAAGGUGGGGUGGGGUGGGAGGAGAAGUGUUUGCCAAGUGGAAAAGGACAAAACUGUGUAUUUACAUUUCUUAAAAUCAUAUAGAAUAAGAACUGACUGUUUCCUUUCUGGAAAUCAAAAUCUGCAUUUAUAUUUAGAGAUUUUUAAUUUAUUUAUAAUGAAUGAACUGACACGGACAAGGGAGAUGUUUGGACCUAUACAAAUAUCUAACUAGCUGUUUAUAAAUAGUCUAUUCUGCUGUGACCGUAUGACCCUAAUUCUCACUAAUGGUUGUAGUUCCUAUCAUUGUCAGAAUAGAGAGCCCAAUCCUGCAACCCUUACUCAGGUAAGCAAGUAAUUUGCCUGAGUAAAAGGUUCAGAAUCCUGGCUAGUCCUGCAAAGGGAUCCACAAGAAGGGUUGUAAGGUUACUCGGUGCAGGAAUAAGGAUCUGCAUUCAAACCCGUUUGCAAAUGUGGGGCCUUUAUUUGUCAAACCUAAACAGCUCACAUUCAAAAAUUGUCUACUCUAGUUUUAAAUUAAACAGGUACAAUGUACAGAUUCACUCAGUAGCAAAUGUAUCCUGGGAACAAUCCUGCCGUCUUUACUCAAGCAAACUCACACUGAGUUCAAUGAGAGUUUUUUGCUUGAAUAAGGACUGCAGGUUGGGCUAUAUCGUUUGUUUGUUUUGUUUUUUAAUGUUUUUUCUCUGAUUUGUGCCAUUUAGAUGGAAAAAAGUAGAGGCUGUAUAUUACAUUGAAAACCUGACCAAAAGCAAUAUAUUUGUAAGAAAACAUAUCUCAUGCAAAAUAUUACCUAUCUCUUAGCAGGUUCUGCAGCAUUUUUAUGCCAAGUAUAUGAUUUUUAUUUUUAGAAUUAUUUUACAAUGUACAGUUUCUCAUACCCCUGUGUAAUAAUAUGACCUUAAUAUGAAGGAGUCAGACCUUGGGUUGGCAUAUUAAUCUGUAUUAUCUUGAUUUUCUUAAGUUAUGUACAGAGAAAUAAAAUGAAAUUAGUACUGAAACCCUCCCCAUCCUGUUUACAGAUUAAUUAGAAAUGCUUUAGUGGAAGUACAUGCCAUAAAAUGGGGAGAAAAAUAUUUAUUGAAAGAAAUGAAAACCCAGAUGAUUUUCUUUUUUGUUUUUUGUUUUGUUUUUCUGGGUGUAGGUGGUGGUGGUAUGUUUGUUGGAGGGUGGAUGUUUAAACUGUUUAAUUCCUUCUGUGUAAAGAGCCUCCUGCCCAGAAUAAAGUUACUCUUGAAGAGACACUGA